AUGAUGCCGGUGAAUUGGUCAGAGUCUACGGUACCUCGGUUUCCGGUUUUCGUGGUAUUGGCCUAUACGCAGUUAAUUGAUCUCGAUGCGGAGCGGCAACUUUUCAACUUGCUAGUGGAGAUUUAUGUGGGCUGGACCGACAUUCGAUUAGUUUGGAACCCGGCGGACUACGGUGGAAUACAGUACAUUUGGGUAAACCCGGAAGACGUCUGGAUCCCAGAAAACAUAGUCGGAAACGCGAAAGUGCUUGACGAAAUCUACAAUGAAGAUUACCUAUCCCUAAAAUUGUGGUUUAACGGCACGCUGGUCCUGGCGAGGAGUUAUUACGCCGAGUUGAGCUGCCCGAUUGACGUCGGCCAUUUCCCGUUCGAUCGCCAAAAGUGUCAAGUCGUGACGAUGGCCGUGUCGUACGAUCAGUCCUCCGUCCCUCGUUUCCCCGUCUUUGUCUCGCUCGCCUAUACAAAGCUGAUCGACCUGGACGUUGAGCACCAGAUUUUCAGCGUCAUUUUGGAGAUGUAUAUGGGGUGGACGGAUAUUCGGCUGAGAUGGAACCCGAACGAGUACGGCGGGAUACGCUACAUUUGGCAGCAGCAACCCGCCACCGCCGACCCUGCCCUGGUCACGACGCUCCAGCAGGCCUCCACCACCACACCGCAACAAGUCGGAAAUGCUGCCGCCUUUCCGCAGUACGUCAUCCCCGGGCCAACGAAAGCCGACACAAAGUACCAGCAGCUCGUCUUCUUGAUCAACGAAAUCGGCAAGGACCUUCCCCAAAUGUACAACGGCAGCAAGCACUGCAGCGAGAAGGUGAAGCGCUACUUGGUACAUGCGAGGAUAUUGGCCCGUGAAUGCAUGAUGGAGGCCGACCGCGAGCGCGCCAAGAUGACCACCGGAUCUUCU